AGUACCCUGGAGAUUUGACCCCUAAUUAGACCAUAGUGCCGGAUCGGAAUAUGACCAUCACCGCGACAACUGUGCGAUAAUCCGAAUGUCAAAAAUAAAGAUUAUUCGUUUACGGAUCGUUGUACUGACAACACCUUCAGCCUUCUGUUAAUUCUUCUGCCUUCCGAUUUUGUGCCUUUUAUAAGUUCAACGUUUAAUACAAAUUGGUAAAACUCGAGGUUUUACAUCUCAGAAGUGGGAUUGUGCCAUGCCGUCUAAAGAAGAUAUGUUGUGUGUGCUGGAGAACGCGAAAGUGCCGGUGCCUCCAACCGCUACGAUUGCUCAAAUCCGCAUGUUGUACGAGGAGCUAUUUCCUAGAAGUCACGUUGUAGCCGAACAAAAGCUUGCCCCCGAAGUAACGCAUGAAAGUGUUGAUACUGGGGAUUUGGCGAUAAAGCAAAUGAAUGACGAGCAAGAAAUUGUCAAGACAGCUAAUUCUGGCGGGUUAGAGACGGAAUUAGAAACACUGCAGAAGGAGCUGCAAGUGCUCGAACUUCGUCAGAAAAUCGCUAUGCUGAAGUCAUCUAACAUCGCUUCGACUUCGCUACCAUCAUCAUCAUCACCACCACCGCUGCCUUUACCUACAGCGCAGCCAGUGCCUCCAUCUUUAACAUCGUCACCACCGCUCCCUUUGUCGCUACCUACAGUGCUGCCAGUGUAUGUACCCAACUUUGAAGACUUCAUAGGAAAAUUUAGUGGUGAAAGAGGAGGAGUAGGGGUGGAGCACUGGUUUCGAGAAUUUGAACAAGUAUGUAGCUUGUACACACUAAACGACCAGCUGAAAUUUUUCUGUAUGCGCCGCCUGCUCACCGACACCGCCGCCAUUUUUGCUAAAACCUCAGGCGCAUGCACCUAUGAGACACUGAAAGCUGACCUUAUUAGUACUUUCACAUCAAAAACUUCACUAGAAGAAGUGUUUAAAAAACUAAGGGCACGACAUCUCUCGCAACAUGAAAGCAUCACAAGGUAUGUGUUGGAAAUGCAGCAAAUAGCGGGCACCGUCAUUCCAGAGGAAGACUUGGUCAAUAUUAUAAUUGACGGAAUUGAUGAUCCUAUUAAUACGUCAUCCAUACGUUUCGCUGCAAAAUCGCUCGAGCACCUUAAAACCCUGCUGAAAAAAUACGAAACUUUUCGUCAAACUCGUGGCGUGACUCCUACACCAGCACCGUUACGCACUAAACCCCCAGCUCCACCCCGCAGCACUGGCCCCUCGCGUCAAUGGGCGCAGAACAACAAUAAUGAACCGGCCAGAUGCUUUAACUGUUCUCAAUUCGGCCAUUAUCAAAGCGCUUGCCCAAUGCCACGCCGCCCCAAGGGAUCCUGUUUUAAAUGCCACCAAAUGGGACAUACACAUCGAGAGUGCCGAAACUUCCAGCCCGUUACGACUGCUGCGGUGCACCAUCUGGGUUCCCAUGGAUUCGAUGAGGAAACUGCGGACCAAAUACUGCUUAGCGAAAUUGAAACGCCGACCCAAACGGAUAAUUAGUGACCGAGGUACCUGCUUCACGUCCAAUCAGUUCGAAAAUUUCCUUAGAUCAAAUGAGGUACAGCAUGUACUCAACGCUACUGGUUCACCACAAGCAAACGGACAAGUCGAAAGGGUUAACCGCGUACUUCGACCCAUACUCAGCAAACUUUCGGACUCUUAUGAUCACGAUGAUUGGAAUUUGCAUUUACUGGAUGCUGAAUAUGCGUUGAAUAAUUCAAAGCACGCCAGUACGAAGUUUUCACCCUCAGUUCUCCUGUUUGGUAUUGAACAACGGGGUCAUUUAAUUGAUGAACUAACGGAGUUUUUAGACGAGCGUCGUGGAAGUACACUAAAUGAUUUAAGCGACAUUCGGGCUGAAGCAUCGGCAAAUAUAAUUAAAUCUCAGCUUACCAAUGAGGCAUAUUUUCGUAAAAAUCAUAAACCAGCAGCUAAAUAUGAAGUUGGAGAUUAUGUAGUAAUGCGGAACAUUGAUAGCAACACUCAGCAGAAUAAGAAGUUGAUUCCUAAAUAUAAAGGUCCGUACAUAGUCCAUAAGGUAUUGCCUAACGAUCGCUAUGUCAUUAGGGACAUUGAGGGCUGUCCAAUAACUCAGAUGCCAUAUGAUGGCAUAUUAGAAUCAAACAAGUUGAAGAAAUGGAGUGAGCCGUAUGAAACCGUUAACGAAAUUUGAAUUACUAAUAUUUACACAUAAAUUGAGGUCAAUUUGUUGGUUAGGAUGGCCGAGCUGUAGUACCCUGGAGAUUUGACCCCUAAUUAGACCAUAGUGCCGGAUCGGAAUAUGACCAUCACCGCGACAACUGUGCGAUAAUCCGAAUGUCAAAAAUAAAGAUUAUUCGUUUACGGAUCGUUGUACUGACAA